AUGACUAUACAACCUGAACCUAAGAAAAAACUAUAUGCGGAGAUUUUGAACAAACCAAUACAUAAGACGACAGAAACAGACAUAAUGGUGUUUCCAAAGGAAUCAGAAAUAAAACCAACCGAGAUGGAUGAAGAACUAAAGAAGACAAUUCAUAUUAAAGAAAUAAAAGUAGGUGUCAAGGAUAUGAGACAAAUAAGAAAUGGAGUUAUACUGAGAUGCAGCUCCAAGGACAGAGCAGAGAGAUUAAAAUCUGAAAUAAAUAAUUCUAACAAAUUCGAGGCAAAGGCUCCCAGAAAACAAAAUCCAAGGAUUACAAUAAACAAAAUACCUUUGAGCUGUCAAAAAGAUGUUAAAAAGAACUUGAUGAUAUAUAACACAGAGCUGCAAGAUGACAACUUCAGACCACUCUUUCCCAUCAACAAAGACGAGCACACUGAAUUGUGUGCUUGGGUGAUGGAACUAAUGCCAUCUUGUCGCAGGAAGUUAAAGGACAAUGGAGACAUAAUUUCAAUAGGCUGGAACAGCUCAAAGAUAAGAGACUUUUAUAACUUCAAGCGCUGUAACAAGUGCUUUCAAUAUGGACAUCUUGGAAAGGAAUGUAACGCCGGGGUUCACUGCCCUGACUGCUCAAAAGUGGGUCAUACUUCACGUGAAUGUGAGUGUGAGUUACACGAGUUAAAAUGCUUCAAUUGCGAGAAAUAUAACAAAUCAUGCCGAUAA